AUGGCAAUGGCUUCUCUGGGACGGCUUUUCUUCAUUUCAUACAUUCUCAUAAACCUUGUUCCUUCCACUGUUGCCCACCAGCUCAUAACCCCAUUCUGCCUUCCAGAGAGAGGCAACUACACAAACGGCAGUAGCUACCAUUCCCUACUCACCUCCUUCUCUAAUACCACGGUUGACUACGGGUUUUACCACUCUUCUGCUGGCGAAGUCAAAGGAAUUGGAUUCUGUAGAGGCGACAUCCGACCGGAUAAGUGCCGUAGUUGUAUGAACACCUCUAGCCAUGAACUCAGACGGCUAUGUCCCAACAGCAAGGAGGCAAUUAUAUAUUACGAUAUUUGCACAUUACGUUACUCUAACCGCUCCAUAUUUGGCACUUGGGAAUUACAUCCCCAUCUUCAACAGCCCAACAGUGAAAAUUUCUGGGACGUGAACGGGUCCAACCAGGUGCUCACAAAGUUGUUGCGCCAUCUACAAAACAAAUCAGCUUCAGGUGGGAAUCUUCGAAAGUAUGCAGCAGGAGAACAAGUCGACUUUGAAACUAUAUAUGCAGUUGUCCAGUGCAGUCCUGAUGUACCAGAGCAGUAAUGCAUUGACUGUCUGGAUGAGAUUUUUAAGGUUAUUCCUGUGCAUAUGAAUGGGAAGAGAGGAGGGAAAGUUGUGGCCCCUAGUUGUAACUUUCGGUUUGAGAUCUACCCCUUCUAUGAGCCACUUCCUGAUGCUCCAUCACCAUCUCCCACUAAUUUUCCUCCUAGUUUUCCUCCGUCAACCAAUGCCACAACUGGAAAUAGUAUGCAUCUCAACGAUAUUACUUGCUUUUAG